CAACAGCGGCCGGGGGCCAAACAAAAUGGCGCAGUGCAUCGGCAGUGCAUGCCGCUCAGGACGCGUUUCCCGACAACUGUUAUCGGCCUUUAAGAAGUCUCAGAGACUUCGAUUCUCGUCGCGAACGCUUCUUUCCGAGGCGUACUACUGCCGCGAUGCGUGGAACAAGCGCACGGAGGACCCGGUGCUGCGCGACACGAACGUCGACUCGUACUUCGUCGAGCUCAGCAAGAAGUUCGGCACCAAGGCGAAGGCGAGCGCCGUGGACGUCGACAUUUACCUGAACAAGGUGACCGGCAAGGACUACGCGGUGGAGUUUGAAACCGUGCUCAACCGGCACCGACGCUCGAGGCAGUCCUGCGACACGCUGCCUUCGACGCACGCCGCGGCGGUGCGCUACUUCCUGGACAUAAACCAACACGACGUCCUGAUGCGACUGCUCCCAAACCGUCUCGAGUACGGCAUAUUCCCGGACGCCCACACGUUCAACCUCCUGAUGGACACCUUCGUGAAGGUGGGCAAUCACCGAGACGCCGUCAAGGUCGCCAUAGAAAUGAUGCUGCAGGAGAACACGGGCAACGCCAUCAGCCGGCUGCUGGCACUCUACUCCUGCCACAACUACCUGCGCGACCCUAAACCGGAGCCCUGGGACCCGAACGCCAAGAUACCCGAGCAGGACGAAGACGACGACGAAGAGAUACUCGUGCGCGUGCCCAAAAUACCGAACCCGUUCUUCGACGACCACUUCGACCUGAACGAGCCGGACCACCUGAUAGGCAAGACGCUCAUGCUGUUCUGCGACGGCGUCGACGACCUGCUGCACAGGAGCUACUACCUGAUCGGCUGCGGCCUGUACCAAAAGUGGGGCAAGAGCGCAGAGUUUCUCGAAGCUUUGCUUAAACGAACCGGCGAUGCAGGGGAGCCAUUGACCAGAAGCGCGGUGGAGAGCUUCCGCCAGUCCAUGAACAAGGACGGUGGGCUGAAAGCAGACGACGACUUGCGCCAGAAACUCGAGUCCGCGCUGGCUCAGUUGGAGGGUUCGAAACGGUGUUCGGACGCGGAUGUUCACGAACUGAUGCUGGAAGCGCUGAAACAGCUUCCGGCCCAGGAGCCGGCCGACAUCGAGUCGCAGAAGCGCGACUUCGAGCUCUGGCAGGAGCUGAGACACAAGGCGCUGGAAGAGCAGAGGCGCCGAAUCGACCGGGAGCAGACGAUCGAGGCCAUCAGGCUUCGCAAAAAGGAGCUCGGCGAGAAAGAGGAGCUGCUGUACGCGUUCGAGAACUGGGACCGGCUCGAAAUGGAGUUGGCCGAGGUGGAGGCCGAGAUGAAAGAACUGGCGGCCAAAGAGGACGUCGAGGAAGAGUACAUUCCGCCCGACGUUCGGCAGCCUCGCUCAGCGAAAUAAGUGAACCGCGUGGCGGCGCCUGCUUGUUGUAGAUAAACGGACGUGUAGCUUAUUUAAAUAAAUCGUGGACGACGAUCGA